GUCCGUGACCAUUACAUUCCAGGAAAGGCAGUGUUGAUGCUAAGCGCAGGCCCGCUAGAGAGGUCUCAGCAGGCAGCCGCUCAGUCCUGCAGUGCGGAAUGGACCUGGCCCGGUGCAUUAGUCGCUGGGUUAGAGAGGGGUUUGGGUAGGCGGGCCUGGGAACCACCUCACCGCCGCCGGGAACAGGACUCCAGGGGAACUGUGCCUGCGUUUGAAACACUCGCUCCUCAGUUGUGUAGUCCAGCAGUCUGUUCAAGGAGGAAGCAGUGCAGGCGGCAACGCACGACCUACCUGGGCAGAGGAGUGAACCUUGGGAGCCUUCCUGAAGAAUUAGUACCACAAAGAAACCCUGAUGCGACCUCUUCAGAUUGUCACAAGCCGAUUAAUUUCCCAACUGUGUUGUGGAAAGAAGCCUUCAGCCUCCCCCUCAAGCACUAUUUGCCUAAUGAUGGCUCGUCAGAGUUCUAAUAUGGCAGAUUUUCGGAAGUGCUUUGCAAGUUCCAAGCACAUAGUCAUCAUCUCUGGGGCUGGCAUUAGUGCUGAAAGUGGGAUUCCCACAUUCAGAGGAGCUGGUGGCUACUGGAGAAAGUGGAAAGCCGAGGACCUGGCCACUCCCAUGGCCUUCGCUCGCAACCCCUCACGCGUGUGGGAGUUCUACCACUACCGGCGCAGCAUCAUCCUGACCAAGGAGCCCAAUGCCGGGCACCGUGCCAUCGCAGAGUGUGAGGCCCGGCUGAGCCGGCAGGGCCGCCGGCUCUUGGUCAUCACCCAGAACAUCGACGAGCUGCACCGUCGGGCUGGCACCAAGAACCUGUUGGAGAUACACGGUACCAUAUUUAAAACACAGUGUACUUCUUGUGGAUCUGUAGUUGAGAAUUACAAGAACCCAAUUUGUCCAGCUUUAUUGGGAAAAGGUGCUCCUGAACCCGAAGCUGAAGAUACCAAAAUUCCACUUGAAGAACUUCCCCGGUGCGAAGUGGCAGGGUGCGGGGGCUUGCUGCGACCCCAUGUGGUGUGGUUUGGAGAAAACCUGGAUCCUGCCAUACUGGAGAAGGCCUCCAGAGAGCUGGAGCUCUGUGACUUAUGUCUGGUGGUGGGGACUUCCUCCGUUGUCUACCCAGCUGCCAUGUUUGCCCCUGAGGUAGCGGCCAGGGGAGUGCCAGUGGCUGAAUUUAACACGGAAACCACCCCAGCCACCGACAGAUUCAGGUUUUAUUUCCAGGGACCUUGCGGGACAACUCUUCCCGAAGCCCUUGCUCGUCAUGAAACUGAAACUAUUUAAGUGUCCUGGGAAAGGAAGAAAUCCCAAUAUGACAAAGAACCAGGUCACAAACAGGAGAAAUAGUCUGUGUAUUGUGAGCCAAAUACUGGAAGAUCUAAAAAUGUUCUCUGAUUCUCUGGAUUCUAACUACUUCUAAGUGAUUGGGCUUGGAAGAAGUCAGAGAAAUAUACAGUGAAUGCAUGCUUGGCGUGAACUGAAAUGUAACUGUCUUACAUUUGUGUUUGAUUGUUUAUUGGGAGGGAAAAACUUGUAAUGAGACUGUCUUAAAAUCGAUGUAUUUUUCUCAUUGGAAAAGAUAGAAGGGUAAAACCCUGGUAUUCUGAUUUUUGCACUAGUGUUGAUGGAAAAUGAGAUCACUGACUACAGUAGGGAAUUUAUUAUAUAAAGAUAUUACCCCAAGAGAUGUCUUUUGGGGAGCCUUUUAUUUUCAAUAUUUACUGUUUGGCUGUCUUACCUCAAAAAACAUGCGAUAAUUUACAAGAAUUCAUGGGAGGAAGAAAAGGAGGAAGGGAGGGAGGGGAGAAGAGAGGAAAGGAGGGGAAAGUAACAAAAUAGAAAGCCAGGAUGAGAAAAAAGAACACUGCAAAUAUGUGGAUCACUCAAGGAUCAGCCCAAACAUCAUGUCAAACUCUGUACUGCAUUUGAAAACCAACAUUUUAAUAAACCCAAAGGUCCUUUUUUUUUGGCGGGGAAGGAGGAAGGUUCAUAAUUUACGGGGAACCAUCCAGGUGCCCUGAGGGCGUCAAACUUACGUGGGUGGGUUGAAGGCUAUGCAGCAAAGGGGAAGUGUUCUAAGGCUUAUAGUACAGCUCUUAAACUAGGAACUGUGGAGCACGUUCAGCAGGCUCAGUUCCUGGGCUUCUCCAAGUCAGCCGCAGACACCAUCCCAGUGUUGACGUGGAAGGCAGCAUCCUGUCCAAGUUCAGGUACAGCUCUGGUUGUAGUUUCUGACCAUGCCCAGA